AUGGACAAAGAUAGCACAGAAAUGAAUCUGCUUUCGACGGCGUCCUCUCCCGCGAGUGUUAGCUGCAGUACAGUACUCAAAGAACCUGAACUAGUGACAAUCGUCGAAGACAUGCCGUUGACGACAGAACAAAUCGAGGAAGAGCAGCUCCUGGAAGCGGUCGAGGAUGAAUAUGACACUGAACCGCCAAACGAAGGAACUCCUUUGCUUCGCUCGUCCGAGAUGGGCUUCGAGAAAAGUGGUUCAAGCUUCUACACGCACAACAGUAAAAGCUUCACGACGACUUUCACGACAAGUCAAGCCUCUUUGUUCAUUCCCUCCUUCCAGUUUUCGCUGUAUUCUAGCAUGGUGUCCAUUACGCGGUCUUUGAAUGGUUCUCUUAAUCAGCGAUCGGUAGCAUUGUCAAUACACGAUCGCGAGAGCUCGAAGUCGAAGAGCGGUACUGUGUCUUUAUUGGAGAGAAUGACGGAAGAUGGCCAAGCACCGACUUUACUUGCCCUUUGGAACCUCAUAAAUAUGACUAUUGCUAGUAGUAGUGUGAUAGCGUUUCCUUACGCGAUCGCUUUGGGAGGAUUUGCUGCUCUGUUCCUCAUCCUUGUCAUUGGAUUCUUUGCUGGCGUGACCUCAGUUCUGUUGAUUGACUGUCUUUACGAAAUCUCCCCGAAAAGCCGACUUCGCAAACGAGUAAGAGCGAGCUAUGCGGAAAUUGGAGCGGACGCGUGGGGACCAAUCGGAGGCAGGCUUGUGGAUUUCAUAACAGUGAGUCUUUCUUACUCCAGUUGUGUCCUGUUUGUGAUGGUCCUCGGCAAAAGCAUGAAAGACUUGCUGAGCAGCCAAGUGGAGCUAUCCCUUCAAGAAUGGUGUCUGAUGUGUACAGUGGCCCUGCUUCUGACUGUCUUUAUCAAGACACUGUCUGUCCUAGCCUGGUUAAGUAUGCUGGCAGUUAUAGCAGUUUUUAUUAUAGUCUUUGUCCUGUUAGGUUUUUCACUGGGUGAUUACAACACUUGGGAAUGGGCGAAUAUUCCAUCUUUUGAUUUAAAUACAUUUCCAAUCAGCUUAGGUAUUAUUCUGUUUUCCUACUGUGGCCAUACAGUGUUUCCUGGAAUAGAGGUGUCCAUGCAAGAACCAAAAAAGUACAAAAAGGUUUCCCAUUGGGGCUUUUCAUUGGUCACGGCCUUGAAAUUUUUGGUAGGACUGUUUUGCUGUCUCACGUUUGGAAGCAAAACCCAGUCAAUUGUUCUUCUAAAUCUAAGCGUGGCACAUGCUUCCAUACUGAGUAAAGUAGCGUCACUGUUAGUUGUGAUAAAUGUUUACUUUUCUUAUCCCUUAAACAUGUUCGUUGUUAGUGGUACUCUCGAUAUCCUACUGUUACCAAAGUUCCCUCUUUGCUACAAUAAAAAGCGAUAUAACUACCUCUGGGUUCUGUCGACAAGGGUUAUUCUAGUCUUUUCCACCCUGGGUAUCGCACUGGCUGUGCCACAUUUUGGACUUCUUAUGAGUGUAUUUGGCAGUGUGUUUGGAGUGUGCAUAACUUUGAUAUUUCCUUGUCUCUUCCAUUUGCAACUGAAAUGGAACAAGUUACGGUGGUAUCAGAUUGCUUUUGAGUUGUUUAUAAUAUUAUUUGGGUUAGGGGCUGGUGUGUUGGGUCUGAUUUAUUCCUCUAUUGCUCUCAAAAAUGCCAGCUAA